GCAGCAGCAGCAGACGCGCUCGCUCCUCGCAGCGCUCCGUCGGUAUGUCUCGAGCAGUUCUCCGUACACUAGUAUGACCACAUGCGGGCCAAGUUGACUCGCGUCGCCUGCGCGUCGACGACAGCGUUGCGUACCAGAAGAAAAUAUGGACGAGUCGUCGCUGCUGGAUCUACUGGAGUGCUCGGUGUGUCUGGAGCGGCUGGACACCAGCGCCAAAGUGCUGCCCUGCCAGCACACCUUCUGCCGCCGCUGCCUGGAGAACAUCGUGAGCUCCAGACACGAGCUGCGCUGCCCGGAGUGCCGCGUCCUGGUGGACUGCGCGGUCGACGAUCUGCCGGCCAACAUCCUGCUGGUGCGCCUGCUGGACGGGAUUAAACAGCGCCCGAGGAACGGAGGAGGGAGACCGGCGCUGGCGGGAUGCGCGGCCGGUGUGUCGGCUUCGCCCCCGGGGACAGCGGUGCGGGAUCUGCCCGUCGCCACGCGGAGCUCCCCGGUCAAGAACGUUCCACAGCUGCCGUGUGGAAAAGCGCUUUACAGCUACGAGGGCAAAGAAGCGGGCGACCUGAAGUUCAGCAAAGGCGAUAUCAUCAUCCUGCGGCGGAAAGUGGAUGAGAACUGGUUCCACGGCGAGCUGAACGGCAGCCACGGAUUCCUUCCGGCGAGUUACAUCCAGUGCAUUCGACCGCUGUCCCAGACGCCGCCGCAGGGGAAAGCACUCUACGACUUCGAGGUCAAAGACAAAGACCAGGACAAAGACUGCCUGACCUUCACUAAGGACGAGAUUCUCACCGUCAUACGAAGAGUGGACGAUAACUGGGCAGAAGGCAUUCUGGGAGAUAAGAUCGGGAUUUUUCCUAUCUUAUACGUGGAGCUGAAUGAAACGGCGAAGCAGCUGAUGGAGAUGGACAAACCGUCCGCGGCCCCGGGUCCGAGCGCAGAGUCUCCCGCCGCCGUCAGCUGUAACGGGAACGCCGUGCACAGAUACGCCGAGGGGAAGAAGAACGCCAAGAAGCGGCACUCGUUCACGGCGCUCAGCGUGACGCAGCGCUCGGCGCAGGUGCUGGGAAGUAACCGGCACUCGAUGGAGAUCAGCGCACCUGUGCUCAUCAGCUCCUCGGACCCCCGCGCCGCCGCUCGCAUCACAGACUGCCCACACCUGUCCUCCAGCGCACCGGCCACACAGGACUCUUCAGUCGCAGCAAAUGCAGCAGCUUUAGUUCCACCGCGUGUCACGUCAACAACCGGAGAGCUGCUCGCCGCGGCUAAAGUCCAGCUGCCUCUCAACAUAUAUCUGGCUAUGUACGCUUACAAACCGCAGAAGGCGGAUGAGCUGGAGCUGCGGAAGGGCGAGAUGUACCGCGUGAUGGAGAAGUGUCAGGACGGCUGGUUCAAAGGCACGUCGCUGCGCUCCGGAGCGUCUGGAGUUUUCCCAGGAAACUACGUCACACCCGUCUCCAGUCCGUCCCUGCCUACAUGGGAUCUGCCCACUGUGCUGAGGGCCCUGAAGGGCCCUCCUUUCGAGCCACUACAGUCUACUAACCUUCGGUCACUGUCGCUAAAGACUGUUCUGCUUCUAGCACUAGCAUUGGUAAAGCGAAUAGGAGACCUGCAGGCGCUUUCCGUUAGCCCUGCCUGCCUGGAAUUCAGGCCCAACGACUCCAAGACGCGCUCGUGUCUCUCUGGAGCGGCUCCUGGAUCUCCGGGCUCCGCGGGUCCCUCCAGUCCGGUCCUGCUGGCGUCUGCGUCUGCGUCCCGCUCCAGCACGCCGCUCAGCAGCCCGUCGUCUCCGCAGCUGCAUCUGAAGAACUGCCUGCGCAUGUGCAGCCAGCAGACGGUCAACCAGGCGCGCUCCGCCAUGCAGCUGGUCCACAGUCCUCCGGUGAGCAGCAGCCCUGAGCGUCCGACUGCAUCUGUGACGCCGCUGCGACCGCAGGCCAGUCCGUCUCGCUCCCCCGCGAGGCCCCUGUCCAUGACAGCGGCCCCUCAGCCUCACGCUGCCUCUGUACGGCCCCUGAGGCCCCUGAGCUCCAUCACGCCUCCCAACGCCAGCGCUGCGCACCUGAACGCAGCAGACCUGCACAAACUCCAGGACAAGAAGCUGGAGAAGAAAGAGAAGAAGAGCAGCGGUCUCCUCAAGCUUCUCUCCGGAGCCGCAGCUAAGAAGAAGUCCCGGUCUCCGCCGUCUGUCUCUCCGACCCACGAGUCCUGCUCGGUUCAGGGGGCCAUGGCCCCGGAGCUGCGUUAUGCACAUGUCUUGCUGAGAUCAUCGGGCUCUGUCUGUGUGUGUAAACAGUGUUUGUGUCUCUCACAGAAAGAGAAGAAGAGCAGCGGUCUCCUCAAGCUUCUCUCCGGAGCCGCAGCUAAGAAGAAGUCCCGGUCUCCGCCGUCUGUCUCUCCGACCCACGAGUCCUGCUCGGUUCAGGGGGCCAUGGCCCCGGAGCUGCGGUUGGCCGGGGGUCACGGACGAGCCGGCUCCUGCCCCAUCGAGAGCGAGAUGCAGGGAGCCAUGAGCAUGGAGCCGCUGCAGAGGAAGAGCGGCUCGCUGGACCUGAGCUUCUCUGUGUCUCCGCCGGCACGACAGCCCUGCUCCUCCUCACCGCUGGCCAUCCGGCCCGAGCCCAAGCCUUUAUCCCGAGAGAGGUACCGCGUGCUCGUCCCGUAUCCGCCGCAGAGCGAAGCCGAGAUCGAGCUGAAGGAGGGCGACAUCGUCUUCGUGCACAAGAAACGUGAAGACGGCUGGUACAAAGGGACGCUUCAGCGCACCGGACGAACGGGCCUCUUCCCCGGCAGCUUCGUGGAGAGCUUCUAGAAGCCAACAAGCUCCUGAGACCUAGAGGAUGUCCAGAAGAAUCUCCCCGGGUCUCCUGAUGAAGACGAGCAUCUUUACUGCCCUCACAGAUCCGUCAGGAAGGCCUUUCACGGGACAGAUGGUGCCUUCAUCUGCGUGUGAGUCUGCGGCGCCCUCUGCUGCGUGUGCAUGGCGUGACGUGUCCUCCUGACGCUCCCUCAGAUUCUGAGAGAAGCUCUGAGAGCUUGAGAAAUGAUUCCUACAGCUGCUCCUUCGAAGCGGUUCAGUGUUCCUUCGGUACUUUAAUCAGAAUGAUGACGACACAACGAGGAUGUGAUUUAUAGCACAUGAUAAGAUGUGAAUGUAGGAGUGAUGAAUCUCACGAAACCUGUCAAGAGUGUCAUAUCUCACGCCAAAAUCAAGAGAAAAAAAUAAUUAAAACUAAAAUACAAAGAAAUAAAGCAUAAAGCAAUUAAAGCCUGUUUUUU